CUGCUCGAGAAGGACCCGCGCAGGAACGCGAAGGAGAUCGCUGCGCUUGAGGAGAGCAUGAAUGCCCGCGCACAGGAGCUGGCACGCGAGAAGAAGCUUGCUGACCGCGCGUUCCUCGACCAGAAGCCGGAGGGCGUGCCGCUGCGAGAGCUGCCGCUCGACGACGACAGCGACUUUGUUGCGAUGGAGCAGGAGCGCAGGCAACUGCUCGAGAAGGACCCGCGCAGGAACGCGAGGGAGAUCGCUGCGCUUGAGGAGAGCAUGAAUGCCCGCGCACAGGAGCUGGCACGCGAGAAGAAGCUUGCUGACCGCGCGUUCCUCGACCAGAAGCCGGAGGGCGUGCCGCUGCGAGAGCUGCCGCUCGACGACGACAGCGACUUUGUUGCGAUGGAGCAGGAGCGCAGGCAACUGCUCGAGAAGGACCCGCGCAGGAACGCGAAGGAGAUCGCUGCGCUUGAGGAGAGCAUGAAUGCCCGCGCACAGGAGCUGGCACGCGAGAAGAAGCUUGCCGACCGCGCGUUCCUCGACCAGAAGCCGGAGGGCGUGCCGCUGCGAGAGCUGCCGCUCGACGACGACAGCGACUUUGUUUCGAUGGAGCAGGAGCGCAGGCAACUGCUCGAGAAGGACCCGCGCAGGAACGUGCAGAAGAUUGCAGAUCUUGAGGAGAGCAUGAAUGCCCGCGCACAGGAGCUGGCACGCGAGAAGAAGCUUGCUGACCGCGCGUUCCUCGACCAGAAGCCGGAGGGCGUGUCGCUGCGAGAGCUGCCGCUCGACGACGACAGCGACUUUGUUUCGAUGGAGCAGGAGCGCAGGCAACUGCUCGAGAAGGACCCGCGCAAGAACGUGCAGAUUGUUGCGGAUCUUGAGGAGAGCAUGAAUGCCCGCGCACAAGAGCUGGCACGCGAGAAGAAGCUUGCCGACCGCGCGUUCCUCGACCAGAAGCCGGAGGGCGUGUCGCUGCGAGAGCUGCCGCUCGACGACGACAGCGACUUUGUUGCGAUGGAGCAGGAGCGCAGGCAACUGCUCGAGAAGGACCCGCACAGGAACGCGAAGGAGAUCGCUGCGCUUGAGGAGAGCAUGAAUGUUUGUGCACGCAACUUGGCCUUUGAUAUUCGUUCAAGGGAGCGUGAUUUUCUGGAUGAUGUUGUUAGGGGUAUUCCCCUUGAUGCUUUAUCGUUGAAUGAUGAUAAUGAAUUGUGUUUGCUUGAGGCCAGGCGACGCGAGCUUCUUAAGACUUCUUCUGCAGAAAAUAGUCCGGAGUUAGUUGAAUUGGAGAAAAAGAUUGCAGAUCGUGUUGACUUUUUAGCAGUUAAUUUUGGCGAACAUUUAUUGAGUUUUUUGGAUUCAAAGCCUGAGGGUAUUUCCUUGAGUGAGUUGGAGUUGAAUGGUGAUCUGGAAUUUUGCAAUAUGGAGAGGGUUUUAGUUGAAUUGAUGAGGGCUCGUCGACAGAAUGCAGAAGCCAUUAAGGAUCAACAGUAUGCUAUGAAUAACCGUGUGCAUGAGUUGGCGCAGCAGUUGCUUCGUAGUGACAGAGAAUAUCUUCAUCCGGAGCCGCAGGGUGUGCCGCAGGGUGAUCUUCCACUGGACGAUCCUGUAUUUCAUGAGAUGGAGCUACAGCGAAGGAAAUUGAAGAAGGACCCGGAGAGGAAUGCAAUAAAAAUUUCUGAGUUGGAAAAGAAGCUAAACGAUCGUGCGGACGAAAUUGCUAAGCUUCUACGUGCGAAGGAAAGAGCUUUUCUUGAACUGGAGCCGGAGGGUAUACCGAUAGAAAGACUACCUUUAAAUGAAGAUCCCAUUUUGCACGAAUUGGAGACAAAUUACAGGAGGUUGUUGAAGGUAACGCCGAGGGACAAGAAAGCUAUACGUGGUAUUGAAGAAAAGAUCAGGUCUCGCGUUCAUGAGUUGGCGGUUCAACAGAGAGGCUGGCAAGACGAGGAAUUCCAUGAAUCGAAUAAGCAUAUGGCGGAGGAGUGGCCACGUAUCUGUGAGCUUUACCCAGAGGGUAUCCGUGAUCCGGUGGUGCCGGAGAAAACGCUCCCAUCACAAGUUUCUUCUGCACCACUUGAACUGGGAUAUUUGGCUCCAUUCAUUGCCGCCAUGAGUAGGCAUCCUCCACUUAUUGACCGUCUUUUCGAUUCAAAAGAGCAUCCUGUGAACGGCCCAUAUUCGUUUAUUUUUUAUGAUCCUAACAGCAACCCGGUGCGCGUCGAAAUUGACGACCGUGUUCCAGUGGACGCAAACAUGGAACCGAAGUUUACACGAGUCCCGAAACGGUCAUGGUAUCCGCUAUUGCUGGAGAAGGCCUACGCGAAGUUUGUUGGUGGGUACUCCCGGCUUGAUCAGUGCACACCGCAUGAGACGUUGCGGGACUUGACGGGUCGCCCGGUGACACACAUUCCGUUUGAGGACAAACGUGCAGAAGGCAUAAAGAUGGGUGAUUUUAGGUCGGCACAGUUCUGGCGUGAGAUUCAUUCUGAUCUUGCCAAGGGUGAUAUCAUCACAGCUAUGUCCAAUAAACACGUCCCGGACGGCAUCCAUCCGCUGUGCAGUUACGCCCUCUUUGCGGUUAUUGAAACCGUGAAGGAGUCAAAUGAUCCCGCAGACAUUGUGAUAAAGCUGCACAACUGCUACUUUGAUGAGCCGUUUUAUAGCGGACCUCUCAACCGGAACGACGGAGGCUGGACAACUGAGUUAAUGAAUGCCUGCCGUUAUAACCCCUCAGAAGAGGAGUUUUUGUACCUGCCACAGUCUGUGUUUCUAAAUAAUUUCUCAAGCAUGCAGCGAUGCCACAUUAACUGCGGUGAUCGUCUCACUGCUAUCGGUGAGUGGGAUAAAACUUCUUGUGGAGGCAAUCCGAAGUUUACGACGUUCCGAAACAAUCCGAUUUAUUUGGUGGAGAACAAAUCCUCUCGUCCAGUGAGAAUUCUGGCUGAAUUACGUCACCAAGCACCAGUUUUUUAUGAUGCUGACAGUGUUGGCCAUUAUCAUCAGACAGGCUUGGCGCUACUGCAGCAUGAUGGUUCUGUGUCAGUACUGAGUGGAAUUAUUACGAAUUCAACUCACAAUUUCAUUCAGAAGGGCAUCAUGUUGGAUACGAGGGAAGUAUGCUCACGGAUGGAGAUUCCACCAACUUCUACGUGUAUUCUAAUCCCGUACACCAUGAAGCGCGGUUGUUUGGGCAAGUUUAGCGUCUCUAUUUAUCCUGGAGAUUCCAGUGUUAACUUCAUGCCAUUGACGCCGCUCAGUGUAACACACGGUUUUUGUGAUGUAGACGUGAUCCUUACCCCAGGAAGUCGUGAAGGUAAACGAAUUGAGUUUGUGGUGAACGGGGCCUGUGACGCUCACUUGUUGCUUCGUCAGAAUAAAAUUACCGAUCCGGCGUCUAUAAAAAAGGGUGAUGUUCUCGCCGAAGAUGAUGUUAUGAUGAUGUUGUACGACGAGUACAUGACACGUUUGGCAUCAACAGGCGAUGCGACGAGUGCACGGGAACAUUCGCUUGCGUUGCAGUUGCCCUCCGCAGGACGUUAUUCUGUUUUGCUGGCAUGCCCCAAUAAACCUGUGACUGGAAAUUGCCCCUGUUCAUUGUAUAUCUACACGCCAAAGCAGAUCGCCACGAGGAUUCUGCCACGUCCAACGAACGGCACACCACAAAUAUUGCCAUUCUUGUCGCUUCCCCAAUCCUCUAAAGGCGCAGCACGGGGGAACGUGAAGGGAAAGGUCAUCGGGGCAGGCGACGUCGCAACGGGAACGGGAAAUCGGCCUGUUGAGACACAGGGAAUGAAACUGCCUAACCCCCCACGGAAUGGCAAGCCAAAAUACCACAGGUGA